AUGAUAGUUAUGGAAGGAAUGAUGACGCUUCCUCCAGAGCGGGGAACUUUCAUCGGGCGAGCAAUGUGGAAGCCUCGUUAUGUUGUCUUUGGAAGUGGCGCGCCCUUGAAAGCACAGAUAGAUGCCCUAGCAGAAUCCACGGGGAAGAGCAGUAGUGGGCGCAAAGUUUUAAAAUCAACGUCCUCGAAGCCGAGCUUGGUAGAUGUUAUACCACAAGCCCAAGAAAGCCAGGAGCAGACGCUAUAUAUAUCCAUCUACAAGGCCAAGGGCGAUUGGGAAUACCUCGCACAGCAUCCUAUUACUUCCUUCAAGUCCUGCGAGAUACGAAACAUCCAACACCGAAAACAGGGCCCAUCUCUACCCACACUGAUGAUCGAAUUCAAGCCAGACUCGACAUCUGAGAAACAACGAAAGCGGAGGUCAAGUAGGACUGGUGGGCUCACAUCAUCUAAGGACCCCUGGGCAAAUAUACUCCUCUUCCGAACAAUUCAGGAGGAGCGUUACAAUAUAUACGAUUGGCAGGCCGCUGUGAAGCCAAAUCUCACACCCGAUGCACCGGAUGACAGCCCGCUUACUCCCUCGAGUCCGUCAUAUUCAUUUACAAACCCCUUUAGCUCUCGAGAGACAAGGAGUCAAACAAGUUCCACUGGUAGACCAGAUUAUCAACGGACCGCUUCGAGUCAGAAUAAUACGAAUACGCAUCCCCAUGCACAGAGGUCAGCGAUGAUUUCUCCGUCGCCUAGUCUUCGAUCUAGGAGAUCAGAUCUUUCGUCCCAAGCUAGUUCGCUUCAUCCACCCAUGGGAUUCUCUCAUAACCAGAUCCAAAAUUACAAUCCUACUCUCCCUUCCGACCUUCCAUCUCCAGCAUCAACUUCCGGGUACGAUUCUCAAUUCAUAGAAGGCUGGACAUCAGCUCAGGGGCGCUCGUCAGCACUAUCUUCACAUACAAGAGGUAGCAACAGCAUAGCAUCGGCGGUUGCACCAAUAGCACCACCAUUUGGGUCUACUCCUCCAGGGCCACGGGAGACUAUUCUGGAUAGAGCUUUUCAAUUGAAAUAUAUACCAGGCGGCGAUCGAGCUCAGGAUAGAGAAGAGGAGAAAAUCAGCAGUAUUGCGAGAUUUGAGGCGCUCAUGCGAGAAGCCGACGAGAGAAAGAAGCAUAGAACGAAAGAGGAAAGUGUCGGGCCCAAGUCUAAAUGGGAUCUGGACGAAGAAUCGGAGGGAUCCGACAACGACGACGAUCUUAACGACGAGGAUGACGAGACGAACGGCCUCGAUCUGUCAAAUAACGACAUUGCAAUGCCGACACCUGCUCAAAGGGCAUUGGACUACAUAUCGGGUCGGCGCACACCCAUACCUUCAUCCAACCGACCUAUUUCUCCUGCACCUCGAAGUCCUCCAAUCCCGUUUCUCAACUCGCAAGCCCUGUCGGCCUUCCAUGGCCCCCCCCCUUCAUCCGGCGGAGGUCUCCGACCACGUGCUGGUACGACGUCAUCUCGGAAUAACACGAGUCGGCCUAGCUCGCUCGCCCUCCCACCCCGAUCUGUCUCAAGCAUUACAAUUCCCUCUCUCAAGGACGCCAACUCAUCAGGAAGUAACCUGAAAACGAGCUCAUCAGACAAGGAAAAGAGAAGGAGCAGCACCAGCGUCAAAAGACUCAGUUUCCAGGAAUUUGCAAAGAGGCUGAGCUCGACGAGCAGCCUGCUACUUGUCCAAACAAAUGCAAGUUCCAGCUCAGGCCGAGAUGGCAGUCGCAGAACUAGCAGCGAGUACGGCCCUGACAACGAAGACAGGAGCGAUAAAGAUGGUCAGGAUAAACGCUGCGGAUGGAGAGGCAGCGUCGGUGUAUUUGGAAGCGAGGGAGGAUUUCUAUGA